UUCUCCCUGCCUCACUUCCUUUCACCAUGCGUCCAGGUGUGGCAGCCUUUUCUUCCUCCCGCGGACCUGCCUUGCCUUCCCAAUCCUCGCCCACUCGCCCGUCACUUCAUCGCUCUUCACCGCCCUCGCUGCCUCCGCUUGCGUCUCCUCGUUCCAUGCUUCGGUCCCCGUCAUGGUGGCCGUGCCCUCGCCUGCAUCGAUCUUACGGUUGAGGGUCAAUCAAGGCAGCCCUUGAAGGCCUUGAUCGUCCUUCAGCUCGCUGCUCGGGGAGGUUCUUUGCUCCUCGCUGCGCGUCGGCGAGACAGGUCCUGUUGUCAGCAUCUUCAACUGCUUUAGAGUACUGGUUGCUAGCUCUUCGGUUCUCCAUCUUCGUGUCAAGAGUGAGGUUGCUGCUUUUGCACAAUGGGUUCUUAUUAUUGGAGAUGGGACAGCCCCUGCUGUUGCACGGAAGGAGAAUCGCUCCCUUCAUGGAUGGCCAAGAAUACAAUUAGCUUGCUUUCACAGAUACAUGACAAGGAAAUCAACUGGAAUGUGUGUGUGCUCCUCUCUCGUCUAUGACAUUAUCGUGGGACAAGCGAUGACGGCCCAAUUCUGCAUACUGACCUUGUGGUUAUCGGUCAAGAGGGAACCCACAUGUAUGCACAGCUUCCUCCUGAGGCAUCUGAACACUUGAAGGAUGUUCUAGAGGAAGGAAAGGUCUCCCUCAUGAAGUUCAUGUGCAACCAAUUGGAGUCAUCUUUCAGGACUGUUGAGAGCCCUUACAUGAUUCAGUUCACUCGAUACAGCACCGCUGUGCCCCAGCCAGGCCUUGAGGAUGCAUAUCCAUACUGCACGUACAACCUUUUGCCUUUUCCAGGUAUCCCAAGGCCAACUAGCAACACACCUCGCUUUCUAGAUGUCAUUGGCCAGAUUACGGCAUUGUCAGACAUAAUCCCUGUGCAGUCCAUGUACCAGCCACAGCCUUCUGACACUAGGACUAUAAUCCUGACUGAUCUGAUGGGUAAUGAGAUCAAAAUCCUUCUUUGGGGUGCUCGUGCUCAUGAAUUUGCUGCCGAGGAUGUUCGUGCUGCAAGUAUAGAAAGUGCUGUUGUAGCCAUAUUUGUAGGGACCCUGCCAAAAAUGUCUCAAGGUGUUAAAUUGCUAAGUGGUAGCUCCGCCUGCCGUUGGUACAUUAACGAGGAUCUGCCAGAGAUCAACGCUUUCCAUUCUAGUCUUGGGAAAGAGGUUGCUCCUGUUGCAGUUUAUGCACCGAUAGACCAAGGCAUUGGGGCGUCCAUUUGUGAGCCUCCAGUUGAAAUGACUUUUAAGCAGCUUCUUGCUCUUGAUCCAUUAGAUAAUUUGUUUCAUUUCUGUAGGGCAAGCCUUUCAUUUGUAAGGUCACCAUCACGCGUCUGGGCUCUGAUCAGCGUUGGUGGUUCCUCUCGUGCGUUGCCUGCCAUAAGACUGCGUAUGUUAAUGGGCCUAGGUUCCGUUGCUCAGACCAAGGUUGCUCUUCCGUUGGGGGAGAGCCGGCAUAUUCUAUCUGCACAUUUGCAACUGAUGGAUCAGCUGAGGCUGAAUUCAAUGUUCUUCGAGAGAGCUGGCAGAACAGCAAUAGGCAAACCACUUCUAACCUUGCUGCGGCAAAAGUAUCCAGGGUAUUCACUAUUCAGAGGUUCGCGACCUUGCGCAGAUAGGAGGAGCUGAUGUAACCCUCCCAGUGGAAGUUACCAGAAUGGUCACAAAGACGUAGCGCCUGGUGGUGGCCAUUUCCAACAAAAUUUUCAAGCCUACAAGCAACUAGCUAUCUUCCAAGUUAAUAGGAUUGACCAGACCUUUCAGCCUGAGCUUGGGCCGUUAGAAUUUGGUCCUGCUUCCCCAGCUUCUCGCCCUUCUUCUUCUGGUACAGGCUCAGUUGGUGUACUCUCUGGUUUCUCACUGAUGUCGCCAGUUGGACCAUUCACACCUUCAUCAAAGGAUGCACACGGCCCAGGAAGCUCUAGCCUUGUUUCUCAGUCGCCUCUUGAUGAGAUGAACACCCCCAUAUCAAUGAUGAAAGGGAAGGGCCAGUCCUUCAUACCUCUAUCACUGGCAAGUCAGCCUGUCGUAAGAAUGCACGUCAUAAGCUGAUACUCACACCCGCUAAAAGCACAUAGGUUGAUACACCGGCUGAAGGUGUGCCAAAGCUUUCUGUUGAGGCUGGAGAAAAUGCCUCAACUGGAGAUUCAGCUGGCUCUGCAUCCAUAGCAACGGUCGAUGAGCCUACACUGGGCACUGCAGAGGCUGAUGUUUCGACUUCUGGGAAUGGCAAGGCUGUGCAAUCUGACCAGGCAAAGACCAAGAGGAGCAAUGCUGGUGUCAAGAACGCUGACAAUGCAAAGAAGACAAAGCAAUAACUAAUCUAUGGUCUUGGGUGAUCAUGGACGUACGGUUGUUCUGUAUAUAGACGGUCGCUACUUUGGCGCAGGCCCCUAAAGCCUACGCCAGCAAGGACAAGCCAUGACUAAUUCAUCGCAGUUGUCUUCAUGUGCCUGUCUUUGCACCCUUUUGGACACGUUCCUACUAUGUUUGUUGUGUGUUUGCAAACCCAGACUUUGGCGCUCAAAGAGCCAUGUCAAAGCUCUGUUGAUAUUCCCUAUUUAAGAUCUGAACCAGGCCACUUUCAAGCCUUGUAAAUAUCGCUGUUCGAACUCUCUGCUCUCCCCUGCCUCUCCUCAUGAUAUUUCUGUACUCGUUGGGCUGCGCUACCGAAUCUAUCUAUAAUUAUCAGUGCAAUGCUAUGCCUGUAUAUUCCCUAUGUUCAACCUUUUUAUUUGGUCAUAAGGUUUGCUCUCCUA